GACAACACUGGAAUGUCCGUUGUAAAAAUUCAAGUUUUAACAACAACCGACAGCAAACAAACAUCGAGUGACGAGUUCUUACUUUGGAGACGCUUCGUGUCACAGAAAUUCAUGAAUUUUGUGAAAAUAGAAUAGUGUUAUUAACUUAAUAGCGCGGUGCAAUGCAGGUGUAUAUUUGAAAUAAUACUAACAACAGACAUUCGUCGUCAAAAUGUCUGACACGUCUGAUGAUGACUUAGUGCCACAUAAUUUUCAACCUGAAAAUACUGGUUUCUAUACUCAAUUAUCAAAACCAAAUUAUGGCUCAUACAAUAACAUGAUGAAUUCAAACUUUAACAUGCCAAACCGAUUCAUGGCUUUUGAUCAAAGAAGUAUGUAUUCUAGAAGAGAGACUUCGCCGAUGUCUCUGAGAAGUUUCCCUAAUUCUAGAAUGCAGUAUCAACAGUCAAAUCCUCAAAGUGCUAUGAGUUUCCGGGGAUCUGUGAAUAAUGCGAGAUGUAGAUCACCCAUGUCAGUUCGAAGUAUUUGCUCCAACACAACUGUGAGUGCUGUAGAUAUAGCAUUAGCUUUGAAAAAUUAUAAAUUUAAUAAAAAUGAUGAACGAAUGAUAAAUGAAGCCUACAACACAUUUAAAAAAAGUCAGAUGCGGAAAAGAAUUGCUAAGAGGAGAAACUUAAAGUUUUUAAAAUUCUGCAGAAGAAAUUUAGAUGGUGAGUCAGGAGCUGAAGGAAGUAAUUCUUCACUAAGUAGUGAUGAUUGUAGAUCAACUAGAUCAGCAGUUUAUACACGGAACAUGCCAAAAGCUGUUGCAAGACCGCCAAGAAUGGAUUUGAAUAAAUUUACAACACAAGUGAGGGAAAAUAACAAUUACACAGACUGUACAGAAAACUUUAGACAGAAUUCUUUUAGGAAUUUACUAACUACCCAUAGCAGAAAUGUUAAUCAUAGUUUUAUGCCUCAUGAUAAACAGCAAAAUGUUACAUAUGACAAUAGAUACCCUAAAGUAUCAGAAACACGAAAAGAUCAAUGCAGUGAAUCGCAAAGUGCAUCAGUUGUGACCCUAAAAGACCGUCUAGCAAAAGAUACCUCGCUACUUCUACCAAUUCAAAGGUUUAACAUGUCUAAUGUGAAUCCAACUUAUGAAAUAUCUUACAAAGUUAAAUCAAAAACGGCUCCACAGAAAGAAUCUGCAAGUAACAACAGAAUUGAAGAAUCAGAUAUUGAAAGUGAAGAGAUCUUACCACCGAGUACAAGUAGAGGCAAUCUAACACAUUCCAAUACAUUACAGAAGAAAAGAGCUCUUGAAACAGAAAAUAUUAGCUAUCCUGAAAGUAAGAGAAAAAAAUUAACUACAUCACCUGUGAAGCAAAAUAAAAUUGCAUCUUCAGAAAGAAUGAAACGGAUCACAACAAAUACUAAAAAGGACUUUAAUUUUAAGAAACCUCUUUUACCUGUACGAAAAUUUGGGACUCUUAUGAGGGACAAUGAACCAGAAAUAUUGAUUGCAAAAUCAACUCAGCCUUUGGUUGGCAAUGUUGAACCACUGUCUAAUCUAUUGAAAGAAACUCCUCAAAUAGUUAUUUCAGAAGAGAAAUCAGACACCAAUAAGCAUACAAAACAACCAUCACAGAAUCAUGUUGACACAACCAAUAACAACACUGUGGCUGAUACAAUGUACAACUCUACUAAUGUGUCUAUAAAACCUAGUUUCACAAAACGAAAACUAUUUACACAAACACUGGACAUAGUUGAAAAUAAUGUUAGUAAUGACAACUCAGGUGUAGAUAGUCCCCAAACAAAGACAUUGCGGACGUGCAGAGAAAAAAAUAAAGUCAGAAAGCUUACAUCACAGUCUUGUUUGAGCCGUGACGUCAGUGAUAACAAUUUCAUGGAUUUGUUACAUAAAUUCUUGCCCCCUGACCAGAAGAAAAAUCAAACUCAGAAUAAUACAAAUGUAACAAAUAAAAAGGAAGCCAGUAAAUGUACCCAGAUGAAAGACAAAAAGUGGGAUGUCAAUUUAGCUAUAUCUCUGACUGAUAUGGAUGAUAUAAGUGAGACUUUCACUGAUGAGGAAAUAUUUAAUGCCCUAGAAAAAGACAAGGGGAAAACAAAACAAGUAAAUAAGGACUCUAACAAAGGGCCGGAUCUAGCUGAUGUUCCAAAGAAAAACCAAAAAGCUCCUGCCUCAGUAUGCAAAGCAACAUUACAGAAAACAAAAGAAACACCUAGUGUGAUAGGAGACUACACUGAACUGAGUGAAAAACAAUAUCCAAAGAGGAGAACAGUGAAAAGUUUUGUGAAAUCUUUUUGGGAUACCGACUUUGAAAGUGACAUGGAGGACAUAGUGACUCAAACUUCACAAAAGAAUUUGGAGAAAGACCCAAUUCCUAGUGGCUCACAGUUUUUAAUGAAUGGUACAAAUAAAAUUGGUGCUAAAAAGAAACCUAUGGACACUACCUUACCUGUACGAAAUCCGUCCAAGCUAGGAAUAACCCAAAGCAUACAAUCUGAUGACACUCAAAAAUUAAAAAGUAAGAUGCUUGAUACUAAUCAGCAAGAAAAUAAAGAGAACAUCAAUGAAAAUAAGUUGAAUAAAAGUACCCGUUCACGCUCGAAAAGUAACAAAGCAAAUAUUCAAACAGAAAAGACAACAAACAAUAAAAGUGACACUAAUAAAGUUUCAAACAAAGCAAAUAACCAAAAAAAUCAGCAAAAGCCUAAACCAAGAACAGCUUCCAGUAAAAGGAAUAAUACGCCAUCUCAAUCAAUAUUUAAUAUAUCAAGACAAAGUCUAAGGCAGGGACAAGCUAGUUCAAAUAACUCAACUUCCACAAAUGGCAUCAACUCACCAGAAGUUGAAUCUCAUAAAUGUAAUACAUCUCGAGCAAGUAUGAGGCUUAAGCAGAAAAGAGAAGCUAGUUUAAGUAACUCCUCUGCAAACGACACCAAGUCACCAGAAGAUCAAUCUCAUAAGAAUAAUUCAUCUCGAGCAAGUAUAAGGCUUAAGCAGAAAAGAGAAGCUAGUUUAAGUAACUCCUCUGCAAACAACACCAAUUCACCAGAAGAUCAAUCUCAUAAGAAUAAUACAUCUCGAGCAAGUAUGAGGCUUAAGCAGAAAAGAAUAGCUAAAUUAAACAACUCAUUUACGAAUCACACUAUGUCAUCAGAAAAUGAAUCCGAUAAGUGUAAUACAUGUAAGCUAAAUGGUAAUAAAAGAAGAGUAAAUUUAAAAUAGAUUAAAGUGGGCAUUCAAAUUUAAACUAUUAUGGAAAAACAACACAUAAUUUUUGCAAUGUCUUGUACACUGUGAUUGGUACUGUUCAACACAUGUUGAAAGCGCCGACCACACAGGCCGCGUAAGCGUAGACGUAGCGCGUAUCAUUCCGCUGUAAUGUAUGAAACUGUAUGAGACAUGGCAUACCGCUUGCGUGGCGUGAACGUUUGCGUAGACGUAAUGCGUGUAGUUAUGUCUUUGGCUCACGUGUACGUGCGCGCGUGUGAAUCGGCUUUAAAACAUGAUUUUUACUAUAAAAACCAGUGAAGUGUGAACCGGUACACUCGCUUACAAGGAUGCAUAUUUUGAAAAUUAAAAAAAAACCAUUUAUGACAUUUCUAUAUUUUUUGUGCUAAGAUUUUUACCUAGCACAAUUAUUACUAAUGAUUAUUGUAGAAUGUUUUUAAGUUUGAAAUGCUCGUCCUGUAAAAUCUUAUUUUUGGACUGUGUAAUCACAAUUAUUUUUUGUAUGAUAUGAGUAAUAAAAACAGUUGUUUACCAGAGGAAAUAACUACAAGGAUAAUGAUUUAACAUAUUGUACCUAGUAUAUUUAUUGCAAUUUACAUAAUAUAUAAAAUCUUUUUAAAAUUAAAUCGUUCUUACUCGGCGGGACCGCUUUAAACUAUUUUUAUAAAUUACUCUUUACAUUAACUGCGGGUUCAUAUUAUUCCAGUAGCACUCCAAUCAAGUAAGUGAAGAUUGCUAACUGGGAUAAUGUGAGCUGGGCAUCACGAUUUUUGCAUGACUGACAAGUGACAGUUCGUUUCACGUAAAAAGACGAUUGGACGACCGUGGUGGGUACAUAUUUAUAACUAGCUGAUGCCCGCAGCUUCGCCCGCGUGGAUUGGUCAGAUCCCCUGCAGCAUCAGGAUUGAGGAGUCGGAAUCCAAAUUUUUUAUGGAAAAAUGUCGCUUAGUGCCUCUGUCGAUUAAAAACACGAAAAUCGGUUCACAAAUCGUCAUUUCUACAUAGGUAGAAAAACUUAACUCCUCAAUUUUUGAAAGUCGGUUAAAAAGUAGCCUAUGUUACUCCUUGGUUGAUCCUCUACUUGUCUGCAAAUUCCCGUCAAAAUAGGUUCAGCCGUUCCGAAGAUUAGCCCAUUCAAACAGACAGACAAAAAUUUAAAAAAACGUGUGAUUCUGUUAUGGUACAGUUUAAAUAUCGCCUUUGUACGUGAAACCAACUAUUUCUAGAUUCGUUUUUCGGUUAGGGUACAGUUUAAAUAUCGCCUUUGUACGUGAAACCAACUAUUUCUAGAUUCAUUUUUCGGUUAGGGUACAGUUUAAAUAUCGCCUUUGUACGUGAAACCAACUAUUUCUAGAUUCAUUUUUCGGUUAGGGUACAGUUUAAAUAUCGCCUUUGUACGUGAAACCACCUAUUUCUAGAUUUAUUUUUCGGUUAGGGUACAGUUUAAAUAUCGCCUUUGUACGUGAAACCAACUAUUUCUAGAUUUAUUUUUCGGUUAGGGUACAGUUUAAAUAUCGCCUUUGUACGUGAAACCAACUAUUUCUAGAUUUAUUUUUCGGUUAGGGUACAGUUUAAAUAUCGCCUUUGUAUGUGAAACCAACUAUUUCUAGAUUUAUUUUGUUUUAAAAUGUUUGAAUUUAACUAGUUAGUACUAUUAUUAUUAAUGUAAUUGUUAUUGUACCUAUGCGACAGGUCGAUAUGGCAAUCGGAGUAAGAACCGCAAAACCAGGAUAGCGUGGGGGGUGUGCGGGGUGCCCCCAUCCCGAUUACUAUAUCAACCUGUCGCCAACUAUAAGUAUCUACUCUUACACAGAAAAUAGUAUAAUAACAAUAAUCAUGAAAUAUUUUAUCUAAUUAUUAUUUUAACUAAGACAUUGCAUGUAUGAUACUUUUCUUUAGGGUGACAUUAAUUUUUUCUGAUUGGACCUAAGUAAGAGUUCAUAGAAAAUAAUAUUUUUAUAAUAAUAAUUAUGGAAUACUUAACAGUUAUUGAGAAUUAUAAUUUUUAUUAAGAUAUAACAUUUGGUUUUUUUCUAAUCCUGUUAGAAUCAAAUUGGUAUGUUAUGUAUGUCAAGAAUAAAUUAUUUCUGAUACAGGGCCUUCCAAAAUACGUAAAUUCCACAUCCUUUGUUAGUUUUAAAUAUAAUAACCUUUUUUCGAUUAAACUAAAAAAAGCACGUCCAAUCAUUGUGACGUCACAUUCCAGUAUUUCAUAGAAGCCCGCAUAAUAAGAGUGUUUUGACGUUGGAUAAAAAGUUACUAUCUUUGUC